CGAGAGAGGGAGUGUUUGCUGCUCAUUAUUACACACGGAUGUGCCGAACUGUCCGUGACUGAGAACAUCCAAAAACACGCCACACGACUCAGAGAGAGAGUCCCGAAUCGAUCAGAGACGGUGGAGGUGUCGUGUUGGCUUGCUUUUGUUGUAUGACAGCAGCAGAUUGUUGAGCCCAAAUUGGGAUUUCUCCUCAGAAAGCACAGUUUAGUCCACUAGGAUGGCUUCUCGUAAAAAGGUGCUCCUGAAGGUGAUCAUUCUCGGGGAUUCUGGUGUGGGGAAGACUUCUCUGAUGAACCAAUAUGUCAAUAAGAAGUUCAGCAAUCAGUAUAAAGCCACUAUCGGUGCUGACUUUCUUACCAAGGAGGUGAUGGUGGAUGACAGGCUGGUGACAAUGCAGAUCUGGGACACGGCAGGACAGGAGCGCUUCCAGUCAUUGGGUGUAGCUUUUUACCGCGGGGCAGACUGCUGUGUGCUGGUGUAUGAUGUGACUGCGCCGAACACCUUCAAAACCCUGGACAGCUGGAGGGAUGAGUUCCUCAUUCAGGCCAGCCCUCGAGACCCGGAGAACUUCCCCUUUGUAGUGCUCGGCAACAAAAUCGACUUGGAGAACAGACAGGUGACAACGAAACGAGCCCAGGCCUGGUGUCAGAGCAAAAGCAAUAUCCCGUACUUUGAGACCAGUGCAAAAGAGGCCAUCAACGUGGACCAAGCUUUCCAAACCAUCGCUCGCAACGCCCUCAAACAGGAGUCUGAGGUUGAGACGUAUGACUUCCCAGACCAGAUUAAACUGAGAGAUGACAGACCCGUGGCCUCUGGUGACGGCUGCAGCUGCUGAGGCAGGACGUAUGGAGACAGAGGGGACCAGAGAUGCAGAGGAGAGCCAGUGUGGGGCAGACCGAUCCCGAAGUGCAAAACAUCCAGCAUUCAGAAGAAAACACUUCCUUUCCAAACUUGUAUGUAAAGAACUGUUAGGAAUUUAAAGAAACUCCCUACUACAGCAUCACUUUUAAUAUAACUACCUUUAAGGAUAUUAUUUCUAUGAGAAAGAGAUGAAAUGUGAUAGUUAUUCUAUUAUUUACAAGUGAUUUUUAAUUUUUUUUGCUUUUUGUAUUGUUUAUUCCUUCAUCCAUGCAGAUUAUAGUCUUUCAGACUCAUCUCCUGCUUGUAUGUCUGUCUGUGCCUUUUACUUUGUUUUAGGAUGAAGUCUUCCUCGAAAUUCCUUUAUUUUGCCAAAUCCUUUAAUAUGGUAAACUAAACUCUUUAACUAAACAAAUAUACAUACACUCAGAAUACACAGCCAAGCAUGUCACAAUAUCAAAAUCAUCAGCAUAAUUUAAGAGCUGCCAAGGCCAGAAAGAAUUAUAUAAAGUUUGCGCCUAAGGAGGCCCCCUUACAUGACUUGUUAGGCUGGUGAACAUUUUGGGGAUCUGGGAGCUCAGGAAGUCUUAAGUGCAAUCAUUUUAACCAUGCAACAGUUUCUUUCACUUCGAACGAAAGUGUUUCCCCAGUUUUAAUGUAUGAAUGUAACAGUAAUGAUUAAUUCUUGUCUUGACCUCAUGCUGUUUAAUUACUAGGUUUACAGUUUAUUUUGAUGUUUCUAUGUUCAUAUAGUAGACAUUUCUAACAGGCUCAUCUCAUUGAUCGAAUUAUGGGUAUGAUGUAGGUCAAAUAAAGGAAAGCUGAAAUCGGAGAGUGAGCCCUGACAACCCUUGAAUAUGUAUGUGUGACUUUUUUUUUUUUCACGUCUGUUUCUAUCAACCAGUGUUGGAGAUUAUAUUGAUCGAAAACCCUUAGUGAUGUCUGCCAAUAGAAACCAAUAAACACACAUCUGUCCCUCUUUUAUAAAACAAGUACCUUUCCUUAAACACGGUCAAAUCAUUUCUCUGUAUUGUUUCAUCAACAAUGCUUCAUUAAUAAAUCUUUAUUCAAAUGACAAAA